CUCAGGUGCUCGUAGUUCAUAGAUACCGGGUUUUGACUUUUGAGAAGAACUAUUCGCAUAUCCAUCCCCUCGCGACGCGUAAAGGCACACGCUCGUAUCAAUAUCUAGAAUUGCUAAAUAUAUCUCGCCCAACAUGGCUACAACUGCGGCCACCACUGCACGGCCAAAUGCGGAUAAACCCACUGUAAUCUGCGUCUUCUGCGGCGCAUACAGCGGCAACUCCCCGGCCCACCUCGCCGCAGCCCGCGCCCUCGCCCACAUCUUCCACAAAGAAAACAUCACCCUCGUCUACGGCGGCGGCACGGGCGGCAUCAUGGGUGAGCUCGCACGUACCCUUGUCUCUCUGUCGGGUCCCAAGGCUGUCCACGGCGUGAUUCCCACCGCCCUCGUCAAGAUCGAGAACGGCUAUCGGACAUCGCUUACGGCUAGAGAUGGGGGAAAGGAGCCGGAGCGGGUUAUUAUUAUGAGCGAUGACAAUGCGCAGGGCGGGGCGGAGGCGGGGUCAUCGAUGGGGGAGUCGGAGUAUGGACUCACGACGCUGGUGCCGGAUAUGCAUACGCGUAAGCGAACGAUGGCGCAAAAGGUGAUGGAUGGGGGUCCGGGGAGCGGCUUUGUUGUUCUUGCGGGCGGAUUUGGGACACUGGAGGAGGCGAUGGAGAUGGUUACGUGGAAUCAGCUUGGGAUUCACAAUUGUGGGAUUGUGCUGCUGAAUAUUGAUGGGUAUUGGGAUGGGUUGUUGCAGUGGGUGGAGAAGAGUGUGGAGUCUGGGUUUGUGAGCCAUGCGAACAAGGGGAUUCUGGUUGAGUGUCGCAGCGUAGAGGAGGUUCUGGGGGCGUUGAGAGGGUAUAGGCUUAGCGAGGAGAGGUAUUCGCUGAAUUGGACGUCCAAUUAAGGGAUAGCUGAAGCAUGAGGGAAGUGAAGAUGGUAUGAGGACUCCUUGCGUUCCCCCGGUUUGCGCUCUUUUAUUAUUAUUAGAUUAGAAUGUUGAAUUUUUAUGGCGUUGUUUCGGGGUAGAGGGGGGAAGUGAUAGAAAACGUAAUCUAUUCCGAUAAACAAAGCAUGACUGGAAAACAUGGAGUAUCAAAAAUAGACAUCGUAUUCAAGUAAAAGAAAUCAAGAACCAGUCUCAUCCAUCAUCAUCACAUCAUCAUGAAUCAACUUCCAUCGACUG